AUGUGUUCAUUUUUACUUGCAGUGCUGGGCCUGAUGGCAACAUCAUCACUCACGGCUCCCGGGUUAGCCGCUCGGGAGGGCAUCAGUGCUUUCGACGCCAUGGCCAAGUUGAAAUCAGUACCUCUGGGAUAUGUCCAUAUCGCGAACGACGGAGUGGCACGAGCGUACGACGAGAACGAAUCUGUCAUUGACUAUGUUCCCUUGACCAAUGACCAGCUUAAGCAGCUGCUCAAGAACCUUCCAGAAGCAUGGAAGGAGGAAGCGGAUCAUUUACACGCUGUUUUUGAUAACGUUGACGGACGUCAAGUUACAGAUGAAAAACAGUUGCUUGACCCUCCUGCUGAGCUUCGAAAUCCCAUGAAUCGUCAGGCACCUCAGUCUAAGCGCGAAACCAACCCUCUCCAGCAGGCCGACUAG